ACGCAGUUGUCUUGUCUGUCACAUCGCGAUAUUUUUGUGGCUCUUUUACGUUUAGGGUGUGUGCAUUCUUUAUGUGUUGUGCUACUUAUGUGGAAAAUUAGGUGAUAUUCUUCCUUUUCCCGGAUAGUGAUCCUAAACCGCCAAGAUGCCGAAAUCGAUGAACGUCCGCGUGACGACGAUGGACGCGGAGCUGGAGUUCGCGAUCCAGCAGACGACGACCGGCAAGCAGCUUUUCGACCAGGUGGUCAAGACCAUCGGCCUCCGCGAGGUCUGGUUCUUCGGCCUGCAGUAUACCGACUCCAAGGGAGAUUUGACCUGGAUCAAGCUGUAUAAGAAGGUGAUGCAACAGGACGUGAAGAAGGAGAACCCACUGCAGUUCAAGUUCCGAGCCAAAUUCUACCCCGAAGAUGUCGCUGAUGAGCUCAUCCAGGAGAUCACGCUCAAGCUCUUCUACCUGCAGGUGAAGAACGCCAUCCUGUCAGACGAGAUCUACUGCCCGCCCGAAACUUCCGUCCUGCUCGCAUCAUACGCGGUGCAAGCGAGACACGGCGACCACAACCCCGGCCUGCACGGGCCCGGGUUCCUCGCCAACGACCGUCUGUUGCCGCAGCGAGUCACCGACCAGCACAAGAUGUCCCGCGACGAAUGGGAACAAAGCAUAACCAACUGGUGGCAAGAACACCGUGGCAUGCUUCGCGAAGACGCCAUGAUGGAAUACCUGAAGAUCGCACAGGACCUGGAGAUGUACGGAGUCAACUACUUCGAGAUCAGGAACAAGAAGACCACGGAGCUGUGGCUCGGUGUUGACGCUCUCGGGCUUAAUAUCUAUGAGAAGGACGACAAACUGACCCCAAAGAUCGGUUUCCCCUGGUCCGAGAUCCGCAACAUCUCGUUCAACGACCGCAAGUUCAUCAUCAAGCCCAUCGACAAGAAGGCGCCCGACUUCGUGUUCUUCGCGCCGCGCGUGCGCGUCAACAAGCGCAUCCUCGCGCUGUGCAUGGGCAACCACGAGCUAUACAUGCGCCGGCGCAAGCCCGACACCAUCGACGUGCAGCAGAUGAAGGCCCAGGCCAGGGAGGAGAAGCUCGCCAAACAGGCACAGAGAGAGAAACUCCAGCUGGAGAUCGCGGCACGCGAACGCGCGGAAAAGAAACAACAAGAAUAUGAGGACCGUCUCAAACACAUGCAAGAGGAGAUGGAACGCUCACAGGCAAAUCUGAUCGAAGCUCAGGACAUGAUCAGACGGCUAGAGGAACAGCUCCGCCAGCUGCAAGCUGCCAAGGAGGAGCUGGAACAGCGCCAGAAUGAGCUGCAGGCCAUGAUGACCCGCCUCGAGGAGACCAAGAAUAUGGAGGCCGCGGAGCGCGCUAAGCUCGAAGAGGAGAUCCGCACCAAACAAGAAGAGGUUUCCCGCAUCCAGCAGGAGGUCGAGGAGAAGGACUCGGAGACUCGGCGGCUGCAGGAGGAGGUCGAGGAGGCGCGCAGGCAACAGGACGAGGCGGCGGCGCUGCUGGCGGCGGCGGUGACGCCCUCGCACCACCACGUGGCGGAGGGCAAGGACGACGCGGGCUCGGACGGCGGCUCGGACGCGGGCGGCCAGGAGCUGGCCGGCGCGCCCGACGACCUGGUGGACCCCGUGGAGGAGCGCCGCACGCUGGCCGAGCGCAACGAGCGCCUGCACAGCCAGCUCAAGGCCCUGAAGCAAGACCUCGCACAAUCCCGCGACGAGACAAAGGAGACCGCCAUGGACAAGAUCCACCGCGAGAACGUGCGCCAGGGCCGCGACAAGUACAAGACCCUCCGCGAGAUCCGCAAGGGCAACACCAAGCGCCGCGUCGACCAGUUCGAGAACAUGUAACCUGCACCGGCAGCACUGGACCGGGACCGGACUGGAGGGUUCUAUUACACCGUGAACAUAUUUGCAACACUUAUAAACAGGGCCCGUAGUUUUCGUGCCGUUGACGCAAAAAUGACGUAAUUUAACAUACAGGAGUUGUUUUUUUUUUUUAUUUUUUUAUUUAGAAAACAAACAGCCUUUUACAAAUAUGUCUAAAGUAAAUGAACUAAAAAUAGGCCUAAAGUUUCCUACAUUACUAAGAAAACUAUUACAUAGAAAUGUAAAUUACGCAAUUAUAAAUUACCGGUUUAGUUGUGUACUACAUGCAAGUAAAGUAAGAAAAUAUACAAAAGUAUGAAAAAUAUGACUGGAACCAAAUUGAUCAAUUUCUAGAAAACAAAAUUUGCCGAACUUUGUUCUUGAACACGGACAAACUAUGAACAAAAAUAUCUAUUGUUUUAUAAUACUACAAAUUUAGAUAACUUACUUAUUGACGGGUAUCAAAAUAAAUACUUGUUACGAGAAUAAAAGCUUAUUACGCUGUUAAAAAUCAAAAAUAUGUAUUAUAGUUGGUCAAACCAAUUUGUCAGUAAAUAAGAACAAAAAAAACUAUACUCAUCCUUUUCUUUUGGAUGCUAGUACUAGUGUAAGACAAAGAUAGUGUGACUCCCUCUGUCUAUGUUUGAAAUGAGAUAGCCCUUUGACAAACUAUAUUUAAUAAAUUAAUAAUCUAUUAUUGAUUUGAGUGACAAUAAGAUGAGAGUCAGUUAGACGUUUCUGUACUGAUUGUCAAGUAUAUGUAUAACUUACGUAAAGAGGUUGAUAAAUGAUUAAUUAUUACGAAAAUAUUAAUUGGAAUCAUACUCUAUGUAGCGUGACGUCAUUUUUCUGUCAACGGCAUGAAAAGUACGGGCUCUGCUUAUAACACUCGUCGGCAAACCCCUUUGGAGGUUCGAUGAUUCAGUUCGAGUCAACCAAAACUUUACACUUUGUGAUCAUGACCGCUUUACACACCGUCUGCGGCUAGGGCUGCCAUCUCGAAUUUCGCCAAGCCCGGACAAAGAUUCAAAAAAACCCGGACAUUUGGCGUAAAUCGCAUUUUUUCCCCGGACGAGUCCGAAAAUAAUAUUUUUUUAAAACAAGACCUUUAAUUUUACAUGUAGUUUUUAUAUGCUUCCUUACAUGAAAAUGGGUUUUCUCCGGACACUUCUUGACACCCCCGGACGGAUGGCAGCCUAUCUGCGGCUCUGAGAAUCCUGCCUUCGCCGAGCCCUGACUUAGAAUAUUGACUGUUCGUAACAAUAUUUUGCGUUGUCCAGAUCUGCAACACUUAUAACAAUAACUGUUGGAAGUUUUAGCCGUGUCCACAUUUAACCUUUUAACCGCCAAAGACGUCAUAUGACGCGCGCGGCUACAGCCCAAUAUCAACCUUCAUGCGUACCGACAAGGUUCACGAUUACGCGCCGCGUGCGAUAGGCGUGGUGUUCAAAAGGUUAAACAUUUACGACACAUAAAACAUUGAAUGUUCAAAUAAAUAAAUAAUGGAAAUUGAGUGUUGGAAUAACGAAAACCUAAUAUGUAUUUGAAACGGUUCUAGUAGAUUGCGACUGAGAGCUGCCUUAUGUGAAAGACUAAUUUUUGUACGUGUGGUCAUGGUCUUAAACUAUUUAUAGGUAUUGUAAUAGACUUAGGCAGGCAAACAACAAACAAGUUUUGGAAGAAACAAUAUUAAACUAAACUAAACACUUCACUAUAAUUAUUGCGGUCAAUUUUAUAUAAAAACAUCUAGAAUAAAUACACCAUAUGUGCUAGUAAAGCUCUAGUUUAGUGCUUAUAUCCAAGUUUUGCGGUUAAAUAUGGAAAAGCCCACCAGUCUACGGUUUGGACCAAGUUUUGUAAGCGUUUUACACAUAUCCUAGUUAAGGACGGCCUAAGGGAGUCCGUCGGAAAAGCAGCGACAAUUCGCUCUCCUAAUGCUGCCACUUUUGAGUAAAAUAUACACAAAUUAUUAAAAAAAAAUCAGACAAUAAUCUGCCAAAAGUAUAGACAAAGUAUUUCCGACUAGCUAAAAAUUAAAUCAUGUUUUUCCAUUUUAUUUGCAAUAAAUAUAUUUACAAUCACGACUGUCUAUAAUUUUUGCAGAUAUUUGUAUGUAUGAUCCGUCGAAUGUAUUUUUAGAGAAUUUUAUUCUCGAUUUAUAAAUUGUAAUCGACUUGUGUACGCAAUAAUAGUCUGUAUGGUAAAGGUCAUAUUUUGUAUAAGAGGGCGCGGUCGAAUUUGAAACUGAGUUUACAAGUACAUGUUUUGGAUCUAAAUCCAAUAAAAUUAAAAAAAAAUGCUGUUAGACCGUAGCUAGAAGAAGUAAGAUUGCAAACCGUCCGAAUGGCCCUUAGAGUUCCGAACUUAAACGUUAAUCGUAUAGCAGACGAGAACGCCGUGUACUUUUCAGCACGAGUUUGCGACGUCAGUCGGAACUGUAUGUAAAUAUUGAUUAUUACUUAAUAGUAAUUUUAUUUUAGACCAUAAUGUGCUAUAACCGAAUAUGUAUACAAGAGAAAUCACGUUUUAACCAUAUUUUAAAAACAUUUACAAACGAUCACGACGGCAUACCGGCUUGUUUUAUUAUUAAUAAUUAUUUUUUAAAUAAUUCGGAUUUUAUUUCUAACUGAUAGAUGUAUGUUGGGAAUGUGAGUCAUGAAACUGUGCGUCGAGUUAUUCAGUAAUGUUUAUUUGUGUUAGGUAUGUUAUAGUUGCCUGUUGACUACUAUAGAGAUAGCUUAGAGGCCAGGGGCCGAGCUUUCGUCCCAUACUUCGAUCGCUCCGUCCCGUUCCCGCACCAGGUGAGAGAGCGAGCGCGAUCGAGGCGUGGGAAGCCGGCUCGGCAGCGGCUUCGCUCCGGGGAGAGAGACGGCGAUACAUUAGAGAAGGAUGCUCAAGUGUUGGAGCGGGCCGCGGGGCGCAUCUUAUUUAUUUUUAUAAUCAUUUAUAAUUAGCCGUAGGAGAUAUCGGUUCAAGUGUAAUUAUCGUAUCUAUUCUUUCUGUCCGAUCGCGUCGCGAUCUCUUGAACAAAAUUCGAAAAGCUUCAGUUUAGUAUGCUUAUAGGGAGCGUAUAUUUAAUUGUUAAGUGUAUAAAAGGCAUUCCAUAAGUUACAAUACGGUUGGCGUGAGUUAUUUCGAAAUUAUAUUAGCGAGCGUUCUGUGUUCUGUUUGAAGUGCCAUCCGUUGCAUGUUCCGAGUCUGAAUGCUGCCAGGUCGCUGCGAUGGUCGCGUGCGACUGGCGACACGGUUACGCUACACUAUUUAUAUCUUGUCAUUAUUUUCUAAAAUUAUACAAUACCAUGUUGCCUUUCAACUACUGUGAAUUUUUUUCCAAUAAAACGAUUAAGUAAA